GGCUCCGGGAGGCGGGGACGCGGCGUCGGCGGCGGCUCCUCCAGUCGCGUCUUUCUCACUCACUGGGGAACCCGGCGGUGGCGGCACCUUUGGAGGCUGAGCAGCCAGCCGCGAGCCCGCCAGUGGGAGGUCGGGCAGACUGACGGCAGAGCCGACGGACCGACGGACAGCGGGGCAGCCAGGCGGCUCGGGGGACCUCAGGAUCCGCCAUGAGCUGGGGCACGGAGCUGUGGGGACAAGAGAAUAGAGCUAAUGGGGGGAUCGUUAAGUUGAGCUAUGCUGCAGAAACCCGUGACGACCUGGGCACUGACUGCCAUGGCCGGUUGUGUGGAAGCCGCGGGCGUCAUUGACAAAGUCGCUGUAAAGACAGGAGGGUGACCCCCAGCAAGGAUCAGUUCGACAGCUUAGACAAGCAUACACAAUGGGGAAUUGACUUCUUGGAAAGAUAUGCCAAAUUUGUUAAAGAAAGGAUAGAAAUUGAACAGAACUAUGCGAAACAAUUGAGAAAUCUGGUUAAGAAGUACUGUCCCAAACGUUCCUCCAAAGAUGAAGAGCCAAGGUUCUGUCCUGGAGAGCAAGCACAUCAUCUCUGCAACAGGCUCAGCUGCCAAGCCUAGGAAUCCAACCAAGUGCAUUCCCAAGCUCAGGCCAGUCAGUUGGCAACGUAAGAGAUUCCAGUAUGCCAAAAGAGCCUGCAGGUUUACUUCGUGUAUAGCCUUUUUUAACAUCCUUAACGAGUUAAAUGACUAUGCAGGACAGCGAGAAGUAGUAGCAGAAGAAAUGGCGCACAGAGUUUAUGGUGAAUUAAUGAGAUACGCUCAUGAUCUGAAAACUGAAAGAAAAAUGCAUCUUCAAGAGGGACGAAAAGCUCAGCAAUAUCUUGACAUGUGUUGGAAACAGAUGGAUAAUAGUAAAAAGAAAUUUGAAAGAGAAUGUAGAGAGGCAGAGAAGGCACAACAGAGUUACGAAAGAUUGGAUAAUGACACUAAUGCAACCAAGGCAGAUGUUGAAAAGGCUAAACAGCAGUUGAAUCUACGUACGCAUAUGGCUGAUGAAAAUAAGAACGAAUAUGCUGCACAAUUGCAAAACUUUAAUGGAGAACAGCACAAACAUUUCUACGUAGUGAUUCCUCAGAUUUACAAGCAACUGCAAGAAAUGGAUGAACGAAGGACUAUUAAACUUAGUGAGUGUUACAGAGGAUUUGCAGACUCAGAACGGAAAGUUAUUCCUAUCAUUUCAAAGUGUUUGGAAGGAAUGAUUCUUGCAGCAAAAUCAGUUGACGAAAGAAGAGACUCUCAGAUGGUAGUAGACUCCUUUAAGUCCGGAUUUGAACCUCCCGGAGACUUUCCAUUUGAAGAUUACAGUCAGCAUAUUUAUAGAACCAUUUCUGAUGGGACUAUCAGUGCAUCCAAACAGGAAAGUGGAAAGGUGGAUGCCAAAACCACAGUAGGAAAGGCCAAGGGCAAGUUGUGGCUCUUUGGAAAGAAGCCAAAGGGCCCAGCACUAGAAGAUUUCAGUCAUCUGCCACCAGAACAGAGACGUAAAAAACUACAGCAGCGCAUUGAUGAGCUUAACAGAGAACUACAAAAAGAAUCAGAUCAAAAAGAAGCGCUUAACAAAAUGAAAGAUGUAUAUGAGAAGAAUCCACAAAUGGGGGACCCAGGGAGCUUGCAGCCUAAAUUAGCAGAGACCAUGAAUAAUAUUGACCGCCUGCGAAUGGAAAUCCACAAGAAUGAGGCUUGGCUUUCUGAAGUUGAAGGCAAAACAGGUGGAAGAGGAGACAGAAGACAUAGCAGUGACAUAAAUCAUCUUGUAACACAGGGACGAGAAAGUCCUGAGGGAAGUUACACUGAUGAUGCAAACCAAGAAGUUCGUGGACCACCCCAACAGCAUGGCCACCACAGUGAGUUUGAUGAUGAGUUUGAAGAUGAUGAUCCCUUGCCUGCUAUUGGACACUGCAAAGCUAUCUACCCUUUUGAUGGACAUAAUGAAGGCACUCUGGCAAUGAAAGAAGGUGAAGUUCUGUACAUUAUUGAGGAGGACAAGGGUGACGGAUGGACGAGAGCUCGGAGACAGAACGGUGAAGAAGGCUACGUUCCCACAUCAUACAUAGAUGUAACUCUAGAGAAAAACAGUAAAGGUGCAGUAACUUACAUCUAAACUAAUCGGCAACUUUGUAACACAUAUGACAUAAGAAUGAUAACAAAAUCAAAAUGCAGUCAAUGGGUGGGAAUACAUAAGAAAGCUUAAAGGGCAUCCAAGAUUUAUUGUUCACUAUGUGAGCUGAGCGUAGGCUCGAUCUUAAGAGAUGUGAGUAUUACCACAAGAAGCUGUUCUUGUGACGCUUUACCAUUUGAGUGAUGUUGGUGUGAAGCUUAAUUGAUGCCUUUUGCUCUGUGUUCUGCUUAAGUCUGUGUGAAGGAUUUGUGUUUUUCUGCCGUAUAAAUCAUAGAAUUUGAUCUACUGGGCAGGAAUCCAUAGGUAGAAAGCUCCCUACCCCGUUACACUUUGCUUCAGGAAACACAGUGAUGGUAGUAAACUCAAGUAAAACUGCACUGAAAUGCUUGCUAAUACCCAAAAGAGUGGUUUGGUAUAGGAGUUUGAAAUUGUAGCUACAGUUUCUAGGAAAAAGUAAUAAUAAUUAGCUAAUGGAUAAAAUACGAAUGUAAUCAUUUUCGUUUUUGUCCCUGUUCUUAAUUUUGGUUUCCCAAAGGAAGAAAACGGGCAUGUAGCAUAUAAUCUCUUUUGUAGUAGGCUAAUCAAGAGAUGCAAAAUAAAUGGGCCUGGUCUUGCUCUUAAGUGAAUAAAAUGGCUUUCUUUUGAGACCCAAGGAUAUUUUCAGGUUUUCUAGUAAUUUUCAGUAAUGUACAAGCUUUCUUCUGAAUUAAUGCUUGUAUUUUUCAUCUUGAAAUGUCUUUUGAGAAAUGUCACUUUAGUGAUACUAGCAUUUAGCAAUUAUACAUAGGAAAGUGGAUUCUAAAUAAACUAAGAGGAAAUCUUGCAUGGUGGGGAAGUACUGGCAAAUUUUGCCUGAAAGAAAAAAUGACUUUUUUUCACUAACUGGGUUGGAGGAAUAUAUCUGUACUAUCAUCGAGGGCAUUUCCUCAUUUUAACUGAAUUUUCAGUUAUUAGGAUAGUUUUUUUUCCAACUAAUUUUACUAAGCAUUUGUGGGAAACACUGUACAGUCAAGAUAGGCAGUGCUAGUUGUCUAGGGAAGUAAAGUGAGGAAGCAGUUAAGAGACUGGUCUUUAGUUUUGCUCAUGUUCCGGCAUUUUUUGGUGUUUUUAAUAGCUGACUAUAAAAUGAUUUUAGAGACAUUUGGGAUGGACGCUUUAAACUGGACAUCCCUUUUGGUCUUACCAAAGGUCUUCAGUAAUUGUUCUUUUCUUUUUCCUCCUGGACUGCAGGUUCCUGAAGAGGGUUUCUGAGGAAAUGGGCAAGAUGUUGAAGGAGGUUACAUGCAGCUGCUUUUGGGGGGGAGGUGUUAGAGUUGUCAGGCUCAGAGAGAGUGAGAGAAGCAAGUUGCAUGAGUGCAUGCAGACAUGAUUAUUUUUUACUAACUUCAUUAGCAUUUCCAUGUGUUGUUUUAAAAAAUCAUUGUAAUACCAACACUUAAACUUGUCAUUUGUAGCUAUUCAUAUAAAGGAAAAAAAGCCAACAAUGGCUAACCUUUUUUUCCAUCUGUUUUACUGAUGUUCAAAUUGGAAAGAAUGCAGAGCUCUUAUUAAAUUUGACUGUCCUGACAGGACUGUCUGUCCCAGCUCUGUUUUAAUUGGCUGUUAGACCCAUUGUCUGUCAGAAUCCUUGCCAUUUGUCAGUGUCUGCCUGCGCCACCUCUGUGCUUGCUUAACAUCCUGUUGCAUGUCUAGAGUGAUCGGGUUUAGAUUUUUAGGCAUGUCUUUAUAAUCCCUUGUUCUUGUGAAAGCCUUUGUUUUGUUUUACAUUUGUAGUGCAAAUCACUUUGUCAGACAUCUCCACCACUAAUGUUCCAUCCUAGUAUUUGUGUGUGCUGCUAUAAUGUCCCCACUACAGAACAUUCCAGUUUUGGCAUUAUGAAGAAGUAGUUUGUGAACCUGAAGUAUUUAUGAUGAGAAAAAGAAAACAUCUCUGCUCUAGCCUACAGCCCAGUUGAAAGAACUCUUUGAAACAUGAUCGAUCUUCAGCCCCUCAGUCUGGGAAGAACCUAUAGUCAGCAAUGAAAUCCUGGCAUAAUAAACACAGAAGAUACUCACCGCCUCAAGACAAAGGACUGUUGUCAGAAGUCAGCUGCUUCCAUUCAAAUGCUGCCUUAAACUAGAGUGCCUAAAUCUGUUGAUUGCCAACUCUACCACUACAGUGUCCCACAAAGGGCUUCAUGUGUCAACUCAGUGUGACCUCCUUUAACUUGGCAGUGCUGCUGCCGCUGCCACACAACCUCCAUGGGGGGCUUUUAGCGCUCUGCCACGUUUGACGGUGCAUCUUCAAAUUUACACAUCAAACUAAAGACAUGUCCGAGUCCAUUUUAUUUAAUCAGUGUUUUCAAUGAGAAGUUUUAUGGACCUCUCCCCUCAUUGUCUUUAAUUUGGGGUUACCGUGUUCUCAUUUAAUUAGUACAAUGAUAGUCUGUUUCCAAGUGAUGAUUUUAUUUGAACUGGAUAAAAUAUAGUGAAACUUUGUAAUGAUCUAUGUGCACUUUUACUUGUAAAAUGGGAGUUUCUGUAUGUUUAUACUUGUAUAUAUAAUUGUCAUCAGUGCCCCUAUUGCUCAUGUUGUCCUGCCUUGCAUUUGUGAUUCUGUUAAUGACUUGUAUCUUUACUGAUUUCUUAGUGGCAUUUAAUAGGGAGGGGGGUGGGGGUGGGGGGGAUAUUUGUAACAUGGAAGAUUGAUUAAUUUGGUUCUUUACUGUUUUGAGGGAAGAAAGAAAACGUGAAAUGGUCUAUGUAUUGUUGGAUUUCAAGCAAUAUUUUAGAAGCUGUGUGAUUGCUUUAAUAAUUUUCCCCAGUGUUAUUUGAAUUGUACUACCAGUUAUAUUAAUACUAAAGCUGAGUGGCAGUGGUGUGAAAGUGGAUGCCAUCGUAAGAUCAAGUAUGCUCCUGUUACACAGCUGACGUACAGUUUAUUACCUUUAAGACUAGUAAACUAUGAAGUUUUAGAUUUUAAAUCUUGUUACAGGGUUAUUUAUAUAAUGUGACAUUAUUCAGUACUGACAGACUACAUGAAGUAGUUUUAAAAUCCAGUGCUAUUUUUAUUUUCAAGGUUAGCGGUGAAGAGGAAAUGUGAUCUGGCUCUGUUUGUCUUCUGUACAAAGCCUGAAGUGCUUGUGUUUUUUUGGCUAAUAGCCACAGAGGGCAAAGUUUAAGGCUUUCUUGUGAGGACUAACUGUUCUUUUCAAGCUACUGUUUGUUUUUCUUAAAGCAGGAUUUGCUUCUGUAGGAGGCAGGUUCCUUCAUGUGGAAUAGUGCAACCUGUAUAUGGAUUAUUACAAUAAGGAAGACAUUUGUACUUGCACAGUUUAAAUCAUUCUUAAAUUUGAACAUGUGAAUUGUCCAAAAGAAAUCUUUAGUUUUUCAGUAAUUUUUACUCUUUCUGUGCACAUGUUGAUUUCUUAAUGUAAAUGCUUUGUUUAAGAUAGUGUUCUCUGUUGAGAAUAUUUUCAUGGAAUAAAAUAAUCUUUUCAUGGUC